AUGUGGAUUGAGGAUGAUUUGUACCAGAAAGACAUGUACCAACCUCUAUCGGAAAAGAAGUCUGCUGCAAUGAAAGAUGCAGGGAAGGAAGCACUAAAGUUGGAUGAUGUUAGGGAUUUGGUGUUGAGUGGAAGUACUCGGCGUAAGGAUUCCGGGGAGUCAUCCGGUGGAGCAUACAACACCGAGGGUAGAGGGAGGAGACAACAUGGGAGAUCUAAGCGGGGAAAGUCCAGGGAAUUGAGUAGUGGAAGAGUUGAGGUAGAAGGCAAGGUAGAUGUGAGCGUGAAGCUUGCAAGUGGUGACAUGUUUGAGUUGAAGGAUGUCAAGAUUAUCCCUGAUUUGAAGAAAAACUUCAUAUCAAUUAGUCGACUUGACAAAACCGGCUACAAUAUAGUGUUCGAGGGUGAUUCCUGGAAAGUUGCAAAGGGUACUAUGGUAGUAGCUCGAGGUGUAAGAAGUGGAACGAUGUACACCAUGGGGAACAUGACAAAUAAAGUAGUUAAGGAAGGGAUGAAGAAAACUUCACAAAGAGUGUCGUUCGAUCAAAAGUCAAUAUACAGUAGGUCUGUGAAGAAGAACCGUGGUGGCCGCUCUUUAUCAGUUUUAUCUUCCUUGCAAAUACCCAAUACCAGAAUUUGGAAUUUGAUGAUGAAAAAUUCACUUGAUUUGGGGAAAUUUGAAAUGGGUAUUCUCAUUUAUAGGAAAAUGAGAGAAAUUGGUGUUGAACAUGAUACUUUCACUCUUCCAAUAAUUAACCAAUUAUUUCUUGUUCUUGGGCAUGAUGUGAGAUUUGGGAACAUGAUGCAUUGUGUUGGAAUUCAGUUGGGUUUUCGAUUUGAUGUGUAUUUUUGCAAUACCCUGAUUGGUUUUUAUGCGAAAUGUGGCUGUAUCAGUUUAGCUCAUAAGGUGUUCGAUGAAAUGCCUCACAGAGACCUUGUUUCUUGGACUUCGAUAGUUUCGGGUUAUGUUAGUGAGAGAAAUGUAGUGCAAGCUUUUCGUUUGUUCGGCGAAAUGAGAAAAGAUGUAGAACCUAAUUCUGUAACUGUGAUCACAUUGUUGCAGGGCUGCAAUGUUAGUGUGAUUGUUGUACUUGGGAAGCAAUUUCAUGGAUAUAUACUAAAAAAAGGGUUUCUAAAUGACAAGUCUGUUAAAAAUGCACUCUUGCAGGUGUACUCUAACCAGGGAACUUCUGAAGAUGUUGAAAUUCUCUUUUCUGAGUCUGCUUCUGAUGUUGUCACAUGGAAUAUUUUGAUUUCGUUUUAUGUUGCGAUAGGAAAUACGAAAAGGGUGCUUGAAAUUUUUUAUGAUAUGCUAAGAGGAGUAGCACCUAGUGUGGAGAGCUUAACAUUAGUAGCAUCUUCAUUGUCUAAAUGUGGAUAUUUUUCUCAGGGUCAACAGUUACAUUGUUUUGCCAUAAAGGCUAAUCUAUGUGAUCAUAUAUUUUUGACAUGUUUGAUGGAUCUAUAUGCCAAGUGCAACGAUCUGGAGUCUUCUGUUCAAUUGCUGAGCGAAAUUCCUAGUAGAAGUAGAAACAGCAUGACUUGGAGCACUUUGAUGUCUGGUUACAACAAAAAUGGUCAUUACAAGAUGACCAUUGAGUUGUUCAAGCAACUACAAUCCUCCGGAGUUAAACUGGAAUCCGAGAUUAUGGCAACUCUACUUAAUCUAUGCGCUGAUACGGGAGCUUUGCAUAUGGGUAAAGAAAUUCAUGCUUACUACAUUAGAAAUUUUUCACAGCGUUUUUUGGAAGAUAAUUCCAUUCUGGAGACUUCUAUCCUCAACAUGUACCUCAAAUCUGGAAGCCUUUCAUCUGCGAGACAGUGUUUCACUCUGGUAACUAAGAAAGAUGUUGUGGCAUGGACGUCAAUGGUCGAAGGAUUAGGAAUGUAUGGUCUUGGUCAUGAAGCAUUAGCUUAUUUUGACCAAAUGCUGAAACAGGGUAUUGAACCUACUGACAUCACAUUCUUGAGUGCAUUAUCUGCUUGUAGCCACAGUGGGCUGACAAAUGAAGGUUGCCAACUAUUAUAUGCAAUGAAGUGGAUAUUUGGUAUCGAACCUGAGUUGAAUCAUUACACUUGCAUUGUUGAUCUUUUAGGGCGGUCAGGAAAGCUUAAGAGCGCUCUUUCUGUAAUCUUGAAAAUGGUGGCAUUCCCUGAUAGUAGGAUCUGGGGUGCUCUACUUGCAGCUUGUAGAACAUACAUGAAUAGAAAUUUAGGGGAGUAUGCUGCAAAAAGGAUCUUAGAGUUAGAACCAGAUAAUGUUGGGUAUCACGUUGUGCUGAGUAAUAUGCAAGCUAGUGCAGAACAAUGGACCGAAGUCGAACAAUUAAGAGCCACUGCAACUGAAGUAAAUACAAGCAAGCUACCAGGAUGGAGUUGCGUCGAAGCAAAUGGGCAAGUUCAAGGUUUCGUAUCAGGUGAUAGAACUCACUGUCUUAUAGGAGAGAUCUAUGAGCUACUAGGAUUUUUGAGUAGACAAAUAAAGGAUGCAGAUUUUUACUGUUAA